ACGUCAGCACGCCAAGUGCAUUGUGGUAUGCGUGUGAGUAGAGGAAACGGCUCACUUGUUGCUUGCAUUUAUUUGAUGUAAAUGCACCUGCGGCAGAUUUCAAGCCGCGCGUUUUGAAAAACAAACAUCGCCAAGGAGUUUGUGUCAUCCAAGAACAUUAGAGAAGAAAUGAAGACCCAGGAAAUUCAAUAGAUGGUUUCAGCAGCAAUACCUUCGUUUAGAUGGCAGCCCCUCAAGAUGAACACUGUCACUAUCUUCCCAGGCGAAUUCCAGUCCUGUUGCUGACAGAUGUGAUUAAUAAAGACAAACUCGACCCGAGCUGCAGCCGUGGCCAACAACCUCACAGCGACUUGAGCAACAACGCCAACACACAGGCUACAGACGAUGACCUCUCUUCGUCUCCUGCCAGACAAAGACGGAGGACACGGUCCUCCGAAUCCAGACCCUCCUACAGAUAUCCCACACGAAAAUGCCUCUGCCGCGCUGAAAGAGACGAAAGCGAAGUCAAGAAGAAAGAUUUCCCAAGCGUGGCGCCGCCUGGAGGAAAUGGGAAUGGCUUUACUGGUGAUGGGGAGAAAGGAGAGAGAGCUGGAGGAAAAGACAGCACGGGGAAAAGAAAAGAAAAUUGCCACCUCCCUGUGGCAGACGUUCCUCAGAAAGUUCCAGAGGCAGAGUCUGCACGUCCCCAAGCCAGCGAUGUUUCGAGGACGCAAAGCUCGUCGUUAUCAGUCACUUCCGACAUCGUAAACGCCACUGAUCAGGCACACGACAUGCGCGAAUGUCUCUCCAAUCAGCCUGACCUGGGUCAGGGGUUAAAGCGCAAAAAGAAGGACAGCCCCACGUUGCGAAAGCUGCGGGCCUCGAGCUUGAAGGAUGUCUCCCUUGAUGAUGCAAGGGAUAUCCCGAUACUCACCCCCACCGGCAGCAGCGACAGCAGCAGCGACAGCAGCAGCGACAGCCACGAGGAAAUGAGUGCAGCGCUAAGUAGCAGGAUAGAUGUGACAGAUUGCUCACAAUCCUCAACGGUCCUGAAGGUCAAAGACACGGACGUUCGUGCCACUGACGUCACAGACUCCGAUGACUGUAGCGAUAGCAACAUUAAUACGAACGCAUGGGACAAAAACAAGAAAAGCAGGAAGAAAAGCAGGAAGAAAAGCAGGAAGAAAAGAAGAAUUGACCCACCGGUCAAUAAGAACCCGAAAAUCGCGCGCAACAGCCAGGUGGAGCUGCGGCAAGUCAAGGCCAUGAGCUCCGAGUCUGGUCGACAUCUGAUGGUCUUGCUACCUCAGCAUGUGUUCGGUUUAAACCCGAAAGGCUGGAUCGAAAAACACCUUAGGCAGUUAGAGAAAGAAGAAGGUGGUUGUAGCAACAGCAAACGGCCUACCAACACAGUCGGGCGACAGGAUACCUCUCAGUCGCUCAACCCUCGCUGUCGUUGUCAUAGAAGGCAAAGCAGCGGUUUCCCCAGCCCAUGUAAAGCCAAAAUCAGCGCCCCAGUCUCCACAGAGAAGAGUGGGAGUCCGAAAACCGCGAAGCGGUCCAAUGGUUCGAAUGUCGGAGAUUCGCCUGCCAUCAAGACACAUCGUUCGCGGGAGAAUACGCCCAGUUCCCAAGGCUUCUCCUCCAGAAUCGUUGGAAAAGGGAAUGAUAUGUGCGAAACGAAUGAACCAUUGCCUGGGCCCAGCUGGGCGCCGGAUGAAUUUGGCAUGGCCGUAAAAGAGCGGCGGUCGAAUAGCCUGACGAGUAUUAGCCAUAGGAGGCACUCGCACUCCCCCUCCCCUGCACAGUCCACUCCCCGGGGGCAACCGGUGAAGCACAAGUACACGACCUACCUGCGCACCGUACGCUACAAAGACUGCGAGUCUCAGGAAUUGCCAUCUCGUACAUUAUCUCCUUCUGGUAGAUGUCAAAACAAAACCUUGGUGAAUCAUACUCCAUGUCAAAGGGGAUCGUCUGGAGAUAAAAAUCAAAAGCGGUCGUUGCCUAUAGAAGAACAAGAGAGAAGCAAAGCGUCAGGAGACAAAACAAAGACUAACCGGACCUCGACUAGAACGGCCAGAAGGUCUCGAUCCGACAGCAGCAACAACAGCAGCAGCAACCAAGAACGGCACGCUCAUUCGAAAGUAAAGAAGAUGAGGGGGUGGAUGUCAAUGGGAAACAAGGAAAAGGAAAGUUGGGACCUGCGCGAGAAUAGGAAGAACAGGGACAGAAAACACAUCAAAGACCGGUAUUCUCAGAGCUCAGAAGACCUAACGCAUGAGAGAAGCAAUAACAGGCGGUCGAGCAGCAGAGAGACCUUAGGUAACAGGGAAUACGACAGCUGGGACACUCGUCGGAGAGGAGAGAAGGAAGGAACCCCAGAAGAUCGCAGACAUCACAGGAGGAGCAGCCGGGGUCCGGAAGAACGAGAUAUGUCUGACGAAGGAGGAUGGUGGUGCCAAAUCAUAUAGACCCUUAAACAAAGACCUUUAAUUGUGUAAAAGUUCUAUCUUCUCCUACCCUAUCUCAUCCUGCUUCCUUGGUGUCUUCUGCUGCCUUUAGUCACCUUGAAUUUUACUUAAACAAGUCUCUACCUUCAUCAAAUGUGAUCAGUUCUGGAAACUUCCUCUCUGUGCUGUCGCCUUUUUUGCUAUUGCUUUUGCGACAAUGAUCUUUUAUAAGGUAGAACAGUUCAUGAGAUUCCAAGCUGUUGGCAUUCGAUCAGUAAUUCGAUUAAUAAGAGACUAUCCAAAUUAUACUUAAUAACUAGACAGUGCAGUAUCGUCUAGUACACUGGACUCCAACAAUCUGUUGUCACAUCGGUGGGCAACAGUUUUUAAUGGUGCAUUUCUGAUAAAAAUGCAAAUUUUGACAGCGUGAAGAAGUCGACAGAUGUAGUGAAGGAAACUAUUGGGAAUGAACGAUACCCAGAUAUUGUAAUAUGUAAUAUUUGGGUAGAUUUCCCUGGACUGUAGCUCCACAGACUGAACAGGAAGUGCUGCUGGUGCUGGUAAGGAUGAUGAUAGCGCCUAAGACGAGAUUGGUCCGGACUACGUGUGACACAUUCAAAGUACAGUUGAGGCCGAGUUUUAAAGAAGAACCAUUUAAAACUAAAUAAAUAUUAAGUACUGUUUUAAAAGCUUCGACAAACCUUCCAAGCAGAAUAUUUUACUUUUGAUUGUAAUGUAGAAAUAGAACUUUAGUGUGGCAGCUAGUUUUUAUGCGUAUCGCUGGAUAGAAUUAAACAAAGCGGAAGACAACUUUAACACGUUAUACCAUACGUGAAAUAAUUGCUUUUAUAUAAAUAUUACAUUUAGACAAUGUUUAUGUGCCCUUCUCGUUUUCCACGAGAAAGUAGCUCGUAAUAAGUUCAUGAAUUUUUGGCACCGAAAUUGUAUCAUACUUAGUCAUGAAGCCACACUUAUAAUAUCGGAUGAAAAUCUAGCGAUAAUAACGACGAUGGCGUUGAUCGUGAUGAGGUUGAUGAAAUAGUCGCCCAAAUCGUCAAGAAAAGAAAAUGAACUCGUUUGUUACAUGCGGGUUCAAUCAUAAAAGUAGAGUUUGUGGUAUCAAACCAAUAUUUACGGCAAAGGUUCUGAGUUUUGACAACAUAGUUUGGUAAACCUGACUUUGGUUGCAGGGAAUUAUUAGAUAACGAAUAUGAAGAAGAGCCAACCAAAGUGACCGUGAAUAGAUUAUCAAAGCAGAGUGACGUGCACAUGUGAAAUAAUGCGCACAGAAAUAUUUGAGUGAGGUCAGCAGAUGCAAGGUUAAUCGGUUUCUGCCUCCUAAGUGCUGAUAUCGAGAUAAUGUUACAAGACUGUAAGAAGAAAAAGGAAAGGCUGAUUUAUAGAAGUGUAAAUUUAGAUUUUGGCUUUUUAUGCCUUUGCUAUUUUGUUUAUACAGUUGCUCGUACACAUUGCUCUCUUUUUCUUUCCCUUUACAAGUAUUUCCUUCUUUCUUUCAUAGAUUGUGUAGUCUGACCCAGCCCAUUGGAAAACAAUUACAUGUUUCAUAUUACAGGGCGCUUAGCCUGUCAAAUGAUUUGUGAACAUUUUAUUACGCCCAAUGUAUGUUUAAGUAAAAAUAGAAAUAAACAAAAGAUUAUUAAUAACAAA